AAACUGUUUAUUGUUUUCAUCGGUUUCAGAUGUUUUUCUUUCACUUUUGUUCACUUGAUAAUCAAGACUCUUGAUUGCUAAUGUCUUAAUUGUUUGUUUAUUAAUUUAUGAAUUACAAAUUAAUCAUCAUUAGUCUUGCUUCAUUCACUUAAUCUCACAGAUUAUGGGACAGAAAAUAUUUGAACCUGGUGAUUUGCAAUCAUCGGAAACAUUUUGGAAUGUUUUGAAACUCUCACCUCGAGAUAAAUUGGACAAAUUUGCCGAAAUGUGGUUCCAUGUUUUUCUUUGGGCCUUUUCAUCUUAUCUUUUUGUUCAUUUGGUCGCUUCAUUGGUGGCUUUUAUUUCGUUAAGGAAACACAAAAUUGCUCGAUUUGCACCUAUUCUUUUAAUCAUUUCAGGUGUUGUUACACCUUUGACUAUGAGUUUAAUCACAAGCUCAGCGAUUGCUGGUGUUUUCAGAGCUGCGAGUAUCGGUAUGAGUCCAUUGAAUGCUUUUCUAUUUGGAACAGGACAAACUCUGGUCAAUCUCACUUUUAGUUUCACACGAAUCCUCGCUACUUUGUAAGACAAUUAAACUAACCCACCUUAUAAAUUACAUCUGAAUCAUGUUAAUCGUUACCAGAACCAUUGUACAAAACCAUGUAAAUAUGUUUCACACUCGACAUUUCCAUAAAAGACAAAGUUCAAUUGA